GUAAAAGGAAUUGGAAACCAUUACUGUUCUCUUUCCCGAUCGUAAGCCGGCACCGGUUCACUAAAAGAACCGAUAUCACUUUGUUAGUAAGUUUUUCAUAAACGGAAAGCCGAUAAAGUUUGUGAGUCUUUUCUUCGUAUUAUAAUUUUAAUAACGCGUAUCGGCUUCGAGAAACAGUGCUCGUCGCAUAAGUAUGGCAGCAGUAGACUUUUAUCAGAAUCAGCAGCAAGCCGAUGGACAGAAUCAAAAUCCACAGGCCACGGCUGGUAUUCCUGGCAAGGAUGACGAGCGAAAACUCUUUGUUGGUGGAUUGUCCAGGAACACAACCGAAAAUGAACUCCGGGAACAUUUUGGCAAGUUCGGCGAUAUUGAGAGCGUCUCUGUAAAAAUUGACCCCUAUACCGGAGUUUCCCGAGGUUUUGCAUUUAUGGUCUUCACGAAUCCGAAAACCAUUGACAAAUUAUUGGCGUCAGGCGAACAUUACAUCAACAAACGUAAGGUGGAUCCGAAACGAGUGAGCAAAAAGGCGCAACACGGAAAGAUUUUCGUAGGUGGACUUACUCCCGACAUCACGGACGAUGAUAUCAAGACGCAUUUUGGUCAAUAUGGAACAGUCGUGGAGUUACAGGCUCCAUUUGACAAGACAAAAAAUCAACGCAAGGGUUUCUGUUUCGUUACCUUUGAAUCGAGAGACGUGGUCUAUAAGCUAUUAAAGAUUCCAAAACAAAAAAUCAACGGCAAGGAAGUUGACGUGAAAAAAGUCAAGGUCAAUCCCGAUCCAAGGGCUCAAGGAUUUUGGGGACCCGGAUUUGGCUAUGGCGGCUAUGGCGGAGGUUACGGUUACAUGAGCGGCGAUGGUUUCAACGGUUAUCAUGGCUACGAUGAUCCGUACGCAAACUAUGAUUACGCUGGCUAUGAGGGCUACGAGAAUAUGGGAUACGGUCAUAUGCCAGGUAAACCAAGAAAUGGACCAGGUGCUGGUCCACGCCAAUUUCAGAGACAUCAACCAUAUUAAUUAUCAUGGUUUUAUGAAUUUUUUUCUCUAAAAAAGAACACGUGAAUUCUUUUUUUUUUUUGGCGUUUUAUGGGUAUAGUAGGAGGUAAAUCGACUCUGCUUUUUUUUGCUGUGCAGACUGAGCAGAGAAUUCCUCCAAAAAAUAGUCCCUUAAAAACAAAAAAUGAAAAAAAAAUAAAUAAAUAUCGUGCGCUGUACAUUUACUGUAAAGCUGACAAAAGUUUUAAGUAUAUAUUAAUAUUAAACCCGGUGUUGCCAAUUUAAUUCAUCUUGGUCAUUUGUACGGUUCGCAGUUCUUCCAGAAAAGUAUCCUUCCAACUUUUCGCAAAAGGCACUGUUCGUUUUGCCUCCUAUUAUACUAAAAAGAAAAUAAUAAAAAAAAAUGAAAAAAAAUUCAAAAACUGUCCUAUUUUUAUAUGUACAAUGGCAGGAAUGCGAAAAUUUAAAUCUUUAAAAAAAGGAAAUUUUACUUCAUAUUAUACAUUUCCCCCCUCCCCCCCGGUUGUAGAAAGUUUAAUCAACUUUAUUGCAUGAUACCUGCCCGAGCAUAAUUUAUAUAGAAAAAAAAAUGAAUUUACAGAAAAGGAUACCAGUUAAAUUUGUCUCCAUAUUUUUGUUUCUUUUCUUUUUUUAAUUAAGUACUAAUUUGUACAUGUAAUAAUUUAAUACUCUACUGUUAGUAAGAACCCUUAGAUGCAUCAGUGUUACUUGCACGUCAAGAAUAAUCGAGUUUAAGUGAACCGUACUCGACAUAGAUCUGUACAUAAUUAGAGUUUUGUACGGUCUACGUACGAGAGAGAGUGAGAGAGAGUGAGAGACGCUCCUCCAAGGUUCCUAGAACCUUGUUGUUUUAUUAUUCUUCCUUUUUCAAAAUAAAUAAAUACAAAAAAAAAUAAAGAUUGUAAUAACAUUAUAUAUUCUCCUGUAAUUGUUAAUCUCAAGUUAAGGGUUCUAACUUUUAAGAAUAUAAACCGAGACGUGGAUAAUCACGUUUCCACGUGAUUAUUUACAUCUCAUUUAUUAUUUUUCAAUCUGCGUGUACAACGCGCAAUUAUAUUAUAUAUGAAUUAGAUAUUUACAUUUAGGAAUUAGAAAAAAAGUAAAAAUAUUUCAAAAAAAAAAAAUAAAUAAAUAAAAUAAAGUGUAUAAUUAAAAUAUGAACUUUUGCGGCAUCGACAUAACGCAACAGCGAGAGAGAGAGAGAUAUCAAUCUUUUCGAAAAACUAAUUUGACUUUUAAUGAGACAAAAAAAAAAAAAAAAAAAAAAUAAGAGACAGGAAAAAGAAAGUAAAAUACUCUCUACUACUCACGCGUUGCUGUUUUGCCUAGUGCUGUGUGAAAAUGAUACGAAUAUGGCGAUAAUAUUAACACCGUAUGAAAAUCCAACAAAAAAAAAAAUAAAGUUUUUCUUGAGUCAAAAUUUAAAUAAAAAAAAAAUGGACUGGUGAAACGCUCAUGGCAGAACUGGCCUGGACAAUUUUUUAACCAUUUCUUUCGCAUUUGUAACUAUAAAUUAUAUAACAAGCCCUUUAAAUGAUAUGAAGAUUAUUUCUUCAUAUCGCGCAAAGUCUAGUUAUCGUAUAUAUAUAGCAUAUCACUGUUAGUGAUAGAGGCCAUAGUAUACCUUACAAAUAGGUACACUUACGAUUUAAAUGAUUUAAACACUUUUUUUUGAGUAAAUAAAGGCCCAGAAUACUAAAAAAAAUAAAUAAAAACAAAAAAUACCCUAAUAAGAUCUAAGACAAAUUAUUUUUUUGGCAAUUGUAGCAUUUAUUAAAUUUAACAAACUCAGAUGCAUCUCAAUUGUAUCAGAAGUUUGUGCAUCGAUACAUUUUGACACCUUGUUUCGGACCUAAUCUUUUUUUUUUAAAUUAUACAAUAAUGAUGAAAAAAAAGAGGAAAAAAAAGCGAAUUCACAAAAGUAUUAGCAGUUUGGCUUAAAGGGAAAAAAGUUUUUAAUUAUCAAUUAUUGAAAAAAAAAAUAAAUAAAUAUAAAGUUGUAAUUCUGGAAGAUUUUAAGCCAGGCUAAAGGUGCUUUUGAAUUUAAAUCUGUAUACUAUGUAUACUGUAUUUGCUGUGUGCGAGACAAAUAUAGAUUUAUAAAAAAGAGAGAGAAACAGUGUGUGGAACAAAAGAAAAUAUGACGAAUAUUUUGUUACUAUUAAUACUAUUCGCUUGUUUCACCCAUGACACAGUGUAUAUUUUAAUUAUAAACAAAAAUAAAAGGCCCAUUAUCUCCGACGCCAUUAUAUUAUCGA